AUGGCUACAGCUGGGAGUUCCAUGCUAUAUUCGUUCCUAUUAUUCGUGGCCACUCUCUCUCUACAAGAAAUGUUUAGGACGAAAUUAGCUUCGUCAGAGUUAUUCACUAUUCUUGGAGGAUUCACAAGCUCUAUCAUCUUCCUUAUGCUGCUGACGUUUAUUGGAAAUUAUCAGGAAACAAUUGGUGUCAAGACAGGAUGGGGGUCUGUUAUAGUUGCAGAAAUUGUAGCCCUGAUCGCAGCUAGCACUGUUCACCGAGUUUGCAUUACAACCUGCUUUCUUUUUUCUGCUGGGCUGCUGUAUGAGGUCAACAAACUUUCAGGAGUCUAA